GCCAGGCACGGCUCGGCUCGGCGCGGCUCGGCGCAGCCCGGCUCGGCUCGGCGCAGCCCGGCACCGCCCGCCGAGCCCCCCGCCUGCCUCCCGCCCACCCCCGCGCCGCCAUGGACGGGGGCGCCUUCGGAGCGGGGAAAGCCGGCGGCGCCUUCGACCCGCAGGCCUUCAUCCGGCAGCCGCAGACCAUCCUGCGGUUCGUCUCCUGGGUGUUCUCCAUCGUGGUGUUUGGCUCCAUUGUCAAUGAAGGGUAUGUGAACCGUGUGGAUGAGUUAGAAGAGCACUGCAUUUUCAACCGCAAUCACAAUGCCUGCAACUAUGGCAUUACCGUGGGUGUCCUCGCCUUCCUCAGCUGCCUUCUUUACCUGGCUCUGGAUGCCUACUUCCCACAGAUCAGCAGCGUCAAGGACCGCAAGAAGGCAGUGCUCUCGGACAUCGGAGUCUCGGCCUUUUGGGCGUUCCUCUGGUUUGUUGGCUUCUGCUUUCUGACCAACCAGUGGCAAGCUUCGAAACCAGAGGACAACCCACUGAAUGAGGGAGGGGAUGCAGCCCGAGCAGCCAUCACGUUCUCGUUCUUCUCCAUCUUUACCUGGGUGGGCCAGGCAUUCCUGGCGUAUCAGCGUUUCCAGCUGGGUGCCGAUUCGGCCCUCUUCUCCCAGGACUACAUGGACCCAAGCCAGGACUCCGGCAUGCCUUAUGCUCCCUACACGAAUGAGGAGGAUGCUACAGAUGCGGUGGGGACAUACCAGCAGCCCCCUCCAGCAGAUGCUUUCGACACCGAGACACAGGGGUACCAAACGCAGAACUACUGAGCCACCAAUGCCCCUUUCCCUUCCCCUUUCCCUUCUGCCCCCUUUCCCACUGCCGGCAAAAAGCCGAGGCACAAACAAGACACGUGCAUAGUGGUACAAGAGGUGGCUCUCAGCUAUGCUCCAGCCUUCUGGGUCAUCUGUUUUUAUUUAUUGUUUUUAAAAAAGGAAAAAAAAAAGGAAAAAAGGUUUCCCCAUCACCUCUUCCUUUUCCUCUCCCACCAAGCUACCUGCCAGAACCAAAUUUUUUCAAAAUCUGCAUUUUGACAGGAAGGUCCCCAUUUUCCUCCUUUCCCUCCUGCCUUGCUGCAAGAGGGCAGAGUCUGUCUGGUAGACAGUCUCUCCUGGUGGACAGAAGAGGAGCUAUGGCACCGGCAGAGCAGGUGUUGGAGGCAGAACAGAAGAAAUGAGAGGGAGAAGAGGUAGUAUCACUAAAGGUUGGAGCAGAUGUGGGAGUAUCCAAAUUGGUCUGGAGCACCUGGUGGCUCAGGGAGGGGAACAGUGUUGGAGUCAGCAUACAAGAGUGUGAGGAGGGGCCUGGAGGACAGAAGGAAUGGCAUUCUCCAUGUAAAGAUGGAUCUUUUCCCUGCCACAUGCUAGUGAAGGAGUGGUGCUGCUUUAUUUUUAGAGAGUUUGGGAGAAGUGGUAUUGGGGAGGGGGAAAGCACAAGGAGAGAAAAUGGGGAAGGGAAAAAGGAAGAUUUGCAGGUACAAUCAGGAAUCACAGACAUGUCUCUAGGUUACAGCAAGAGACUGAGCAGAGCAGAGGGGUAGUGCCCUGAGAUUCACUUAUUCCUUGGCCCCCUUGGAUUGAGGUGGAGCUGAGUCCCUUUGCGUGUAUGUGCUGCUAGUCACUGCUCUUCUCAGACCAGUGUUUGAUGAGGCAGGAGGGGAGCCAUGUCCAGUCCCUGGUCCCAGAUACAGUGCUUGUGGAAGGAAGGAUUGAGGAGGUGGGCUUCUAGAGAGCCCUGAGAGCCUUCAACCCCAGCUAGGCCGGUUUGAGGGGAGCUUUGUCAUUGCACCCAGGGUGGGAGGAGAAAAAAAGCAGUUUUGCUCCUCAGGUCUUGCUGAACCUUCCUCUGUUCCUCUGUGUCUUUACAAUAAUGCAAAGCCUCUUGCUGACACCAUCUUUGUAGCACAUAGGAAUGGAGCAGGACCCCACUUAGAAGGAAAUAUUGCUGCUGGGAUGGCCAGUAUGCGUCUAUCUCUUGCACAGGGGCGCAACCAAGCAGGGAAGAGUCCUGCCGUGCAUGGCUGUGCUAUGCCUCCCACUCAGAUGGGAAGGAGAUCUUGGUGUGCAGAGAACUGGUUGGAGCCAGACUGAGUUGUCUGAAAACUGGUCUUUCUGUACUUGCCAUAGGCCAUAGCUUAGUGCUCUUCUGCGGCAUCUCAGAACUUGCCUGACUUUAAAGCCUCRCCUAGGUGGCAGCAGUGACUCUUAGAUAGAGCUGGUAUGGGUAUCAUUCCAUGCCCUUCAUGAUUUUGCUYCAAGUAAAGACACAGCUGUGGAAGCCCACUCUCUGUUCCAGGUUAGAAAUUAAGUCUGUGCGCGAAGAUAGAUUCCUAGAUUUCCCCUAAAUGGAAAUAAUUCAGCAAUAGCUACCUAGACAAUUCUCUCAGGCACAGACACCACUCAGAGCACAAGAAGCAGGGUUUACCUUGCAGAAGUGAGGAGCUUCAUCCCCCAGGCAGCCACCGUGCUUGAUGCAACASUGGUCCCAGCAGAGAUCCAGAGCAGAUCCGAAACCAGUAAGUGCCCACACUGCACAUCCAGCCUAUUCCUCAUGGUGCCCUUAGGAGUGGGGAGAAUGGGACACAUUCUGGCCUGUGGCUGUGUGAACAUCUCAUCUGGAGGACACCGAGAUUACCAGUCCUUCCCUCCUCCCAGUGUCCCACAAAGAUUGGGAAGAGGUAGAAACUGUAGAGCAGCCGGCCCUCAGAGGGAAGUGGAGCAGUGUUCUCCAGUGUAUACAGGUACUGUUUCUCCCUGUUCCUACCAGCACACUUGUGUGUGUCCCCUUGGCUUGGCCUUCCCAGGUUUGCCCCACCUUGCUGGUGGUUAUCCACUGGUGAGGACAGGAGCGGCAGAACAGGUAGCUGUAAGGACUCAGCAGAAAUGACUGGGCACACAUCCCUUGCUCUGUAGCUAUGAGUGAAUGCAAUACUGUAAAUAGGAGGGGUGUUUGUUGGAAGGAAGCCCCUCGAGCUUCAUUUUAUGUGGGCGCAGCCUAAUAUUUAGGCUUGGGACAGGUUUACUUUAUUAAGAGAGGCUUGUUGUGACUGGAUAUGGGGGGAGCACCCUCCAGUCUUUCUCCCACCAGGGGAGAAGAACGAAUGAAUGACAAGGUGGAGGAGGAGAGAAAUCAGUUGUACUCACCCAGCCUCAUCUGUGUCAUCCUUCUUGCUUUCAUUUGGGUUGUGGGGAGGGAACCAAGAGGAAGAGGAGGCUAUGAAUAACCAGCUCUCAGUACAAAAAUGUGUUGUGUCUUUUGGGAGGUCUCUUCUCCAUGAGUGACCAGGCACAUAAGGAGAGGUACAGACAGUAUGUGGGGCAUCUACCUGGGGCUCUCUUUUGGGGUGUGGUGCAGGAGCAUCUUGCAUGCCCCUUCUCCCAUCAGUUAUGUAGGUGGCUGAACAUCAUUUGGGGCUGACUAAUGAGCAAGCUUUUCUUAAUCCAAUUUGGCUUGCUUCCCUCAUGUAACCAGCUGAUGGGCUUAGGUGGGCUUGAAGCAGGAAUGAGCUUCCCCCUCAGAACCAGCACUUCAGUGAGACAUGAGCCAGGUGGCUUCAUCUUGAGCUAYUUCCCAUCUCUCUGUUGUUCUCCUUGCUUUGUGUCAUAAGAAUAGCAUUAAUGUCACAGGGGACACUACUAUAGUAGACACUUAGACAGCUUCUUACUUUUGCUCAUGGGAGAAGACAUUACUCCGUUUGCCUUUGCAGUGGAGGGUUGGUGGUGACAGACCUGGGAGUGGGACUCUUCUUGUUUGCAUGUAGCCCUUUAAAGGCAAAAUGCAAUUUCCAGUGUCAUUUUCUGGUUCUGCAGCUGAUGAGACAUACAGAUCUACCCAAAGGGCUGGUUAUCUUAUCUUAGGUGCUUCUGAUAAGGUGCUGCCAAUUUCUGGUGGUCAUAGGCGAGACCGGAGCAGCUGACUGGAACAUGUCCCUUUUACAUUCUAAGUGUGGGUGAGAUCAGCCCCACUAUAGAGAUUAGGAGAUCAGAGGGAAGCUGUGUAAGCAAAAUUAUAAGGCAGCUUUCUUCCUCCUCUGCCAUUUGUUCAGAUUAUAGAGUAUUACGCAUUACAAUGGUCCCUUGAUGUCUUCUUAUCUUGCGAAGCCCCCAAGUAAGAGACUUUUGUGGAAGCAGAGGCUGUGAAGGGCAAACAGAUGAUGAAAUCUUGCCCAAGUUCUAUCUGUGGCUUCAGCCUCCURAUGUGUCCCCAUCCCUUUCUCACCCAUAUCCCCACCAUCCUGUUCAUCACCUCAUCAAACACCCUUCCUCUGCAUUAUUCCUGGCAGUUCCCUCAGGGGAGGAGGUGUCUUUGUCCCUGUACUCUUGCAAGCACUUGGGAGGACCCAGGAAGGCAGCAUUGCAGGGUGGUUCCCAUAGGAGUGUCAGCUCCCAUCCCAAGAGCAGGUACAAGGUAAGGAGCCCAGUGAGGCCACCUCACUCAGCAAGUUCAAACCAUCCAUCCAGACAACUCCCUGCUGCCUGUGUGGCAUUUGUAACAUCACCUGGGCUGCCCUGCCCCUUCCCCUGCCACAUUACUGCCUGUGUAUAGUAUAUAUAUUAUAUAUAUAUAUAUUUAAAAAGAUGUAUAAUAUAAAGCUAUACAUAUAUACGUAUAUAUGAUGACUCAUGGAUGGCCUGCCGCAUACAGGAUCCUCUGAGUGGUCUUGUCUAAGCCCGAGUGUUCCUUCACCCCUCCUCCCCUUGCCCCUGCCCCUGUCCGUUCCGAAAUUCAACUACAGCGAACCCCGCCACCUCGGCACCUGUGUUUACAAUGUCCUAUAUAUUUGUGGUUAACAAAGUGAAGGUGGUAACUACUGGUGUCUCAAUAAAGUUACAACGUUCAAAAUAACCAUACUGUAUGGAAAAAAAUUGUGUGGAUUUUCUUAUUUGGGAAGGGAUGGCUUUUUUAUCUUGGUUUGCUACAAGAGCAUUGCUUCAUGCUCCUGCAUGGCCAAGCUGGCAAAUUUAGUGACUAUCAGUGGCUUGAAUGGAGGAAAGAAACCUAAAUAACUGACCUUAUUGAUGUGUUUCAGUGGGAGCUAAUUAUAACUUGUCUUACUUGGCCURAGUUUCAAAUAACACACACCAUCAAGUGUCUCUCACCUAAUUGGUAGGAAAAUGUGAGGAACCUGACAUGCCAUGUUAGAAGUAGACUCACACUGUGAAAAGGAUGUGGCAAUAGGAGGUGUGGAUGGGGUACUUACAGGAAUGUAGGAUACAAACCUAUAUGAAAAUAAACAGCUGUAUUUCCACACCCAGGGAAGCAGAUCUGUUUAGUCCUUUGAUGUGUCUUUAUCUCUAUUCAUCUAUGUGUGACCAUUGCUCGGGUGUCUGGUAUACUGCAGGUUUUCAAAACAUAAUCAGAUCCUGGAAAAUGAGCUCUCAGGGCACUGCCGACAGUGGGUGCCAGUGAUUGGUAGCCCACCACUGAAAAGGAUCUUGUUUCAAUAUGAUUUGAAAUAAAAAUGAAAUUCAAAA